AUGGAAGAAGAGAAAGAAAGCAUGGUAGAGUUAAAGAAGAAACAGAAAAGUGAGGAAGAGAGAGAAGAUGAGAAAGACUUGAUCAGUGCAUUGCCUGACGAUGUUCUUCUUCACAUCAUCCAUUUUGUGGACACAGUUACCGCAGUUCGAACCUCUUUUUUAUCAAAGCGAUGGAACAACCUUUGGAAAUGUCUCACCGCUCUGAGUUUCAGACCCCGCGACUUCAAAACCGUCGUGACCUACAACCAAUUUGUCUUCCGCGUUCUCGCCCAGAGAGACACUUCGAUUCAUCUGCAUCAUCUUGAUUUAGAAGCAUGCGACAAUGUAACAGUAGAUUGUCUUUGCCUUUUUAUUUUUCUUCUGCGUUUUGUGCCUCAUUUGAGCACCCAUGUCGAUCAUAAACCUACAAAUCAAUAUUAUUAUUCCAUACCUGCCUUUUCUUCACCCUAUCUCACAUCUCUCACUCUCACUCUUACAGACCAAUAUGCUUGUCGUAUCUUGAAACUUCCAAAAUCACUAGAACUACCAGCGCUCAAAAUCCUGAAUCUCACCCAUGUCUCUUUCGCCGCAGGGGACAAUGAUGAGUACUCUGAACCCUUCUCAUCCUGUUUCUUGUUGAACAGUUUGGUCCUUGUGGGAUGUUCUAUAAGGAACCCUGCCAAAGUCCUCGUCAUAUCAAACCCAAACCUUUCUCGUUUCACCAUGAAAAAGAACUCCGAAGCGAAGUACAAGAUUCUGCUUUCUACCCCGAAUCUCACCCAUCUCGAUAUCAGAAGUUCGACGAUCUUUCAUGAUGUCAACUCCACGUGUGAUCUUGCACUUCUAGAAGAAGCCAACAUUGAGAUCUCUAGAGCUCAUGUAAACGUUCUAAAAUUGCUGAAAAUACUUUCCUAUGCAAAGAUAUUGACACUCUCUGAGUAUGUUCUUAGAGCAAUACUACGUCAUGUUCCACAUCCACGAAUUUUACCUCCGCGCUUUGUUAGACUGGAGACAUUGAAGGGGAAAAACAUUAAACGAAGAGAAGUGGUGAUGAAGUAUUUACUUCAAAACUCUGAACGGAAAGAAGUUGAGGUCAUAAAUUUUUGA